GCAGUUGCGCAUCCAUGCAGGAUACUCCCCAACAGGAAACAUCGACCUGCACGUUAGUUGGCGCCUUUCUCUGGUUGUCAUCUAGAUCGCUCCCAUCUGUGCGCACCACUGCUGCCUCUUUUUCCAGGACUAAUUUAAAGACAGCGCUUUGAACCCCGAGCUCAGUGAGCAGGAGUGAGUGUGAUAGCAAGUCCACGGAGCCGGGCUACGACUUUGUUGUAAACCUAAAUCAACAGAAUUACCUAUUUUGUUUUCUUUAUACAAAGAGGACGUUUGGGGCAGAAUUUCAGCAUGGAUACAGCCAGCGACUCUAACGGGGAAAGUAAGCCGGUGUGUAAGUGUGCGCCGAAGUCCGUGGUGCAGCGGUGGCUUCCAGGAUUUCAUAUCGCUCUGUGCCUGUUGAUGUCUCUGAGCUCCGUCACCGUGUGUCUGCUCAUGAGCUUCAGAACUUUCCAGCUGGAGAAUCGUCUUCAGAUGGAGGUGGACAAAGCGUCUGUCUUCCAACCACAGCACGCGGCUUUUCUAAACGAGGAUGGGACCCUGAUUCCAGAACUGAGCAAUUCCCUAGGGAGGCUCGUGGAAGAGAAAAUCCGACUGAUGACACCAAAAAUGCGGACAGCGAGGGAUGUUGGUCAAGAAUGCAUCUGUCCUCCAGGGCCUCCAGGAAAGCGAGGAAGGAUGGGAAGAAGAGGCGAACCUGGACCUCCUGGCAAGGCUGGACGGGAUGGAUACCCGGGUCCUCUUGGCUUGGAUGGGAAACCUGGCAUUCCAGGAACUAAGGGGAGCCAGGGGCUGCCGGGACCCAAGGGAGAAAAGGGUGACCAAGGAGACGUUGGGCCAAGGAUGGUCUUCCCUCGAUAUGACCAUGGCUUUCUCACUGGAGAGCAGUCGAGCAGCUUUCAGAGACGCUUUCUGAAGGGUGACCAAGGCCAGGCUGGACCUGCUGGUCCUCCUGGUCCCCCAGGUCCUCCGGGUCCCAGAGGCCCCCCUGGGAACACAGGCAAGGACGGACCUCGUGGGCCUGCCGGAGAGCCAGGUUUUCCUGGUCGAGAUGGCCUUGAGGGGCCACAGGGAUUACCAGGGAAGCCGGGAGAAGAUGGUGAGCCUGGAUACCCAGGACCACAGGGCCCCCCAGGAAUAAAGGGCGAGCCAGGUGCAGGAGAAAAAGGAGAGCGAGGCAUGGAUGGACUUCCAGGAUUAAAGGGAGACAAAGGUGAAAUAGGAGAUCAAGGACUACAGGGACCCAUGGGUUAUCCUGGUGAAAAAGGCUCCUCGGACAUCAUUGACUUCAACGGGAAGCUUCUAGAUGCUAUCCAGGCCAUCAACAGCAUCAGCAUUUCGGGCCAACCAGGACCACCUGGACCACCAGGACCUCCUGGAGAGAAGGGUGAGCUUGGUUUACCUGGACCAGCAGGAGUCGAUGGGGAGAAGGGACCCAAAGGGGACAUGGGUGUGGUCGGACCACCUGGUGAAAGGGGAGAGAAAGGGGAGAUGGGACUCUCUGGGCCUGCUGGUAUGGAUGGUCAGAAAGGAGAGAAGGGCGAGUGCAGAAUGGACGACAACCUGGUUCAGAUGAUUUCCCAGCCAGGCCCACCUGGCCCACCUGGCCCACCAGGAGUCCCCGGGUCCCCUGGAUCCAUGGGGCUGCAUGGGAUGCCAGGGCCCAAGGGUGAGCCUGGAUACGGUUUAAAGGGAGAGAAGGGUGACAGUGGUGCUCCUGGACCCAAAGGAUUAGAUGGCCUGAAGGGCUCCCCUGGGUUAGUGGGUCUUCCAGGUGCAAAGGGAGAAAAAGGCAGACCAGGCGAGCCUGGACUAGAUGGCUUUCCAGGUCUGAUGGGAGAGAGAGGUGACCGAGGAGAAAGAGGAGAGAAGGGUGACAGAGGAGCAGUCGGAAAGAGAGGUCUGAAGGGCCAGAAAGGAGAGCAGGGUCCCCCAGGACUGGAUCAGCCUUGUCCUGUGGGCUGUGAUAAGACUAAAGGUCUGUCUGAAGAGGUGGGGCUUUCUUCCCCUCCACCUCUACCUCCUCUUCUUUCUUCUGGCCCUGAGGCCCCCUGUCCUGUGGGACAGGAUGGGCUGCCCAUACCAGGAUGCUGGCAUAAGUGAUAACUAACCAGCAGCAUGGGAUCUGUACAUAUUGAUAUGGUACAUAUUGCAAUUGAAUACUACACCAAAAACCAGCUUCUUUUUUCCAAUUUUUCAUAAAACAAUUUUAUAAUAUAUUGAGAUGUUUUUAACAUGGACAUUAAUAAGUCGACAGUAUUAUGAAAACAUUUUUCAACUUUAGAGAGCCAUUGUUGUCAUGAAAGCAGCCGUGGUGUUUAAGAGAAGAAGCUGAACUGGCAGUGGGACUCUUACUUUAAAAGACAAUCCAGAUGUUGUAGUGCCUCGACGUUCUAGCUGCCUUACUAACAAAGUAUGACUCGCUGCCUGAUUGUAGCACAACUGCUGUUUGGAUAUGACAGUGUGUGCAGUCUCACAGAUGGAUGGUAGUGGAGUGCAUGGACAGAUCUGUUGCCUCACGCAGAUGAAGGAGUGUGGGUCAGUGCUCUCUUCUCCUCUCUCUGUUUCAUUAAAAGGAUGAAAUGGCGAGGCAGAAGCUCAAACGCAAGCGUCUCUCUCAGCCCUGAAUGGCUGCAGGGCUAUGAUGGAGAAAGGACACACUGACAGGCAGAGAUUGGCCUUCAGGAAGCAGAGCGGGCCACAUUCUGCCCCGGUGUCACAAUGAGCACAUUUAGAUCCUGUGUUAUUGAAACUCUCCAGGAGGGGGCGACAGAGAACACUGCAUUUUACCUGAGAAGAGAGGACACAUCUUUGUGGCAAAGUCAAGGUUAUAUGAGAGUCACUGACGUCACUGGCACAUAAAGAAGGAUUUCCUGCACAGAACAUGUUGUGGUGAUCUCUUGUAUGGCUCAUUUUUUUUUAAACUAAGUAAUGCAUGAUCAAAACAAGGCACAGUGUUGUUCAGCAUCCUGACAGAGUGUACGAUGUGUGCUCUUUCAUUUAAACUUUAAAUGACACAUUUUCAUUUACAACAAGCAGUCAUUACUAGUCUUUCUGCCUGAACAAGCCAAUCAUAAAAAGCCAGGAAGUUUACCUUUUUAUGGUUCACUCUUGUUGUGCACGAUUGUGACUUUUUGUUUCAUUUUUUUUAAUUUUCUGACCGACUUUAUCUGGUUACAUUCUGCAUUCCUGUGCAUAGCUUUGAAGGAACCAUUUACAGUAUUCAUGAUUGAUUCAGUCGCCUUGGCAAAAGACUGCAUAUCAAAGAAGUACCUUUAUCCUUUUCAUCACUGAUGAAAACGUGUUUUAUUGCUGUUUCCUGUUUCUCUGGACAACAGUGUGACUUCUUGCUGCUGACUUAAAUGUGUGUUUGUUUGUUUUGAUAUUUUUUUAAUCGAUAGUAGUCAUGUGGACUGAAGGACUAACAGACUAAAGAAUGAAAUCUGAAUUGAUUGUAUACAUAAUUGUUUUUGUAUGGUAAUUACUUGUUUUACUGAGCAAUACAUUUGGACACAAAUGUUAAUAACACUCUGUUAUUCUGCCUGCUCUUUUAUUAUCACAAUGAGUUUUAAUCAUUUCUAUCAGAUAACUGCUAUUGGUGUCUUUUCAUGUCUUCAUUUUCUCAAAUGGAAUCAUUUAUUGGUGCUUCACACUUCUUAUGUUUCUGUUUAAGUUUACUGAUGUUACUAUAUGUACAAAACUUGGAAUAUAUUCACAGUUCAGCAUGGGUAACAAUCAAGUAGAGAUGCGCCAAUGCAUCAAUCAAUGCAUCCCUACUUUAAAGUCAUAUUUAAUGGGAGAAUUCAUGCUUUCUUAUUUGCUUUAUGUAAAAGGAGAGAUAAACUGAAAACACAUGAAUGAAAAAUGAUGCUUAAUGAUGGGCAUUGAUAUUUGUGGACAUUUUUGUACUAUAGUAUCUAGCGAACUAAGUUUUAUUAUCACAUUCAAGUUAAUGUUACAUGCCACUGGCAAGAAAGCAUUGGCAACAUUUUCAGUUUUAGCAUGAGUAGUAAGAAUAUUUGUAUGUUGUUUUUCUCAAAUCAUUUGUGAUGAUUUGCUGCAGAAGCAGAGCACACGCUAAGGUUGAAGGUGAAAGGAGUUUAACAGGAGGUAAUGGUGCAAAACAGUGUUGAGGGAGCUGGCUGGUGACAGGCUGAAGCACUGGCAGGAAGUCAGAGACACUGAGGAUAAGAAGACUUAGAAAGUCACUGAAAAAUCACUUGCAAAAGCACACUUUGCCUACAUUGAGAGGGCCUGUUUAACACUCAUGAACCUAAUGAAACACUCAGAUGUCUGAAGGCUUGACACAAGGUGGUAAAGAGGAUAUUUUGAUUGACCCAGCCGUGACUGCCAGCGCUCCUGCCCUCCCCAAUCAGCCUGCAGUGAGAGAAAAAACACAGAACCUCCUAUUAAAAACAAAAAAAUCUAUACACAAAGUCCAAAUAACAGGAGAUCAACUAUGGCAUCACUGUGUACAUACUCUGAUUGCAUAUGCAACUGUGGAUAGUGUCAGUAUUUUUUUUCUUUUUUUUUACGUUUUUCUGGGUUUAGAUUGAGGACACAAUUUUCAAAUUGUAUAUGGGAAUCACUGAUUGAUAUGUUGGAGAUGGAAUUUACUUUUACAGUGUAGCUGUUUGUCUGUGAGGGUCAGUGUCAUGGCAGAGUGUUAAUUUAGAAGAACAUGUGGCACAUUGGUUAUGCUGAUUUCCUGUUUGAAUUUCCUCUCUUGCUCAUCCAUAGAGUGCCUUACAUUACUCCAAAAUGAUCACAUUAGCUUUACUUAUACAAAGGUUACUUUUGCUGAGUUGGACAACACAGCAUCAUAUGAAACAAUGUCCAAAUCACGGAGUGAGUUAACCUGACACUCCAGAUGGAUUUGUUUCACAACAAGCGUAUCCAUCUGCUUUGCAAGGUUAGGAGUGAGUAUGAUGUAAAUUUUAUUGACGGAAAUACCAAAGGCAUAUUUUUUACAUACUACACCCACACCACACAUUACUCUUCAAAGUAGUUAUUCUGCUAUUGCUUUCUUGUAAUAAAAUCCUGUGCCUUCGCCACAUAUUAUUAAGCUACAGUAGAAGAGCUGAGGAGUAAUACUGCACACAUAGAGGUUUAGCUGUAACUCAAACAAGUUUCCACUUUAUUUGACUGAAACUGAUGGUUAUCUGACACUUCACAUUAUCAUGUGUUUUUAUUUCUUUUUCAGAUUCUAUCAGUGGCAGGUUUAAGGUUUUAUAGAGUCAACAAACGCAACUGUCUAAACACAGUUUGGUGUUUUGGAAAGUCAUAUAUCACAGUAUUAGCUCGACUUAUGAGAAUGUGUUCUGGUUGUGUAUUUGGUUGUAAAAGAAUUAAGCUAUUUUUGUAAUUACUUGUCUAAAAAUGUAUAACAUGAAAUCUGGUCAACUAAACAUUUAGACUGAAGUGAACUCUUGUUUUGUGUUGUCGUUUUUUUUGUCCAUUAAAUCAUAAUUAUAUAAAGUUA